AUCAACCCUCCAAUUCCAACAAAUGGUGAUUUACUAGUCUAAUCCCAUUUCCCAACUUCAAAAAUUGUAUGCCUUUUCUCUUCGUUUUGUAUUACUACUAGUUUUAGAGAGUCAGCUACUAUUCCGAUAACCCAUCUUCUCUCUGGAGCCUCUCCCAACAACCAAUGCAUCGACCGGUUUGGACCUUUCCUACCCGUUCUCAUCAGCCGUGGCAUGACUCCUGGACUUGCAUUCUAACUCCUCUUACUCUCUGGAUUUGUGGCAUUUUCGGCUACUCUACGAUAUGGGUAUUAUGGAGAAUGCCGUAUGGUUCUUGGACCCCAAUCUUCAAGGCUGGUUAAGGCGAACUCUCUUUUUGUUCAGCAAGUUGAAGUAAGAAAUGAGAAUAAUAAAGGUGUUUCUCUUUAUGCUCUUGAUGGAAAACCUGAAUUGACCUCCCAAACAAAUUGGACUGUGUCUAAAUAUUUGGCUCUUGGAUCCUAUGGUAUAAAGCAGGGAUUUUCGUUCUGGUUAAACAAGGGUUCGAGGAUAAGAUUGAGGUUAGAAGGUCAGAGUAGUUCAAUAAAUCAACUUGAAGCGAUUAUGAGUAAAGGUGAACAAAUCCAUAAAACAUUGCAGCCUCAAUUGUCAAGUACAUCUUCUAUAGAAGAUAAAGAGAUGGAGUAUGUUAUUGAGGAAGAUGAGAGGUACUACCUUGACAUCAUAAACUCAAAUUCAAGAAGUAUAGUUGUAGCUCUUAGUGUGAAUGUUACAUCAAUGAUGUAUGAUAUUACUAAAGCCAAGAACAAGUGUUCAACAUCAAAGGGAUCUUGCCGGCUCAAAACUAUUCUCUCAUAUACUCAUUAUGUCAUACUAACCACACCAAACGACGGUCAUCUAGAAGGGUGGUACCUAGAGCUUUCUUUCGUGGCUCGUGUUAUAACCUAUAUCGCAAUUUUAGGGUUUAUUACGAUUUUUAUACUUCUAAUACUGAAAUACCUUGGAUCCUGUGAUGGCGACGUAAGUGAAAGACCUGCAAUAUACAACACUGCAGUAGAUGAAGUUGCUGAGACUCGCCCUAUGCUGUCAGAGAAACCAAUUCGAUGUACAUACGGAACUGUUGAACAUGAAGAAGAUGAAUCUGAGGCGUCAAGUAGCACUUCGGAGGAGUUGUAUGAUGCGAAAUUAUGUGUUAUUUGUUACGAUGAUCAGCGUAAUUGCUUCUUUGUUCCUUGUGGUCAUUGUGCUACUUGCUAUGAUUGCGCGCAGAGGAUAAUGGAUGGAGAGAGCAAGGUAUGUCCCAUAUGUAGAAGGCUCGUUCACAAGGUGAGAAGGUUGUUUAACCCAUGAGUGACGUGAAAGAGUAUAAUGAAGUGAUUGUCAUACUAUGAAUAAUGCUUUUGAGCUUGUGCCAAAGACAACAUACAACUUGAUUCAGCAAUAAAAGUGAGUACGGUCUGCCAUUUGUUCCAAUUGUUAGCAGUGGUUUAUGAAAAUCUUCUUAGUUUUUUCAAGGAAAUGAUUAUAGACUAUUUCUGAGCACACGUGCUUAGCGUAUCCACUGGCAUAGUGGACUGUUCAGAUAAUGUUUUUGUGCCCAUGUAAAUAUUUAUUCCAUUUUCUUCGCUGGUAAUGAUAUUACAAGUUGGAAGCUUUUACCUAA